UACUGCUGUGUCUUAAUGUGUGCAGUGAAUGGCCAGAGCUGUGUUGCUGUGCCUGUGUUGUACAGUUCGUACGGUAACCGAGGAAAAUCAAGAGCAGUCUGUCCGGCCCCCGCUGACUGACAGCCACAGCCGAAAUUCAACGAUUCAUCCGAUGGCGUUUGAGAAACAAAGAGCAGUUUCUCUCGUAAGCGGUUUGACUGGCGGCAGCGAUUCCAAGCCGUGCAUUACUGAUCCGAAAAUGAAGUUUAGCUCCAGCUUUCAUCAUUCUCCAGCCACAUCCGAUGCAUUUCUUCUGUCGCUUCCUCAUAUCGGCCGAGCCGAUGCAGCACUUCCCUGUGAUGCGGCAUCAUUUUAUGGAUUCUGACAUGGAUUAUGAGAGGCCAAAUGUCGAGACUAUCAAGUGUGUGGUGGUUGGAGACAACGCUGUUGGAAAGACCCGGCUUAUCUGUGCCCGGGCCUGUAAUGCGACGCUAACACAGUACCAGCUACUUGCCACACAUGUGCCCACUGUCUGGGCAAUAGAUCAGUACAGAGUCUGCCAGGAGGUUCUAGAAAGGUCCAGAGAUGUGGUGGAUGAUGUCAGCGUGUCCUUACGUCUCUGGGACACUUUUGGUGACCAUCACAAGGAUCGCAGAUUUGCGUAUGGCAGGUCUGAUGUGGUGGUGUUGUGUUUCUCCAUUGCAAACCCGAACUCACUCCACCAUGUGAGGACAAUGUGGUACCCUGAGAUCAAGCAUUUCUGUCCCAGAGCUCCUGUUAUCCUUGUGGGCUGCCAGCUAGACCUGCGGUACGCUGACCUGGAGGCAGUAAACAGAGCUCGACGCCCACUGGCCAGACCCAUUAAAUCCAAUGAGAUAUUGGCGCCAGAGAAAGGCCACGAGGUGGCUAAAGAUCUAGGUGUCCCUUAUUAUGAGACCAGCAUAGUUGCUCAGUUCGGUGUUAAGGACGUUUUCGACAAUGCUAUCCGUGCAGCCCUCAUUUCUCGUCGUCAUCUGCAGUUCUGGAAGUCGCAUUUACGAAAUGUUCAAAGGCCACUUCUCCAAGCCCCCUUCCUUCCCCCUAAGCCCCCUCCACCAAUUAUCACCAUUCCCGCCCCUCCCAGUAACAUAGAAGAGCACCCUAGCCGCCUGUUGGAGGACCCACUCUGCGCCGACGUCAUCUUAGUCCUCCAGGAACACCAGAGGAUCUUCGCUCACCGCAUCUACCUUGCCACAUCUUCCUCCAAGUUCUACGACCUCUUCUUGACUGAACCUCGGGUUCCUAAGGAGACCGGACAGGAGAGAGAACAACCCCGAGGGCCACCGCUUUCUGGCCACGAUUUGCUGAUGCGCGCAGCUAGUUUUGACGUUUGUGAAAGUAGCGACGAUGGAGAUAGAGCAAACUUGCGUGCCUGUACCAGUGAUGGAACUCUAAAAGGUGAUGGUCGCGGUCGUCUGCUCCCUGCCUUGAGUCGUGCUUUUAUUAGCAUCCAAGAAGAAAUGGUGGAUGACCCCAUCACCAUCAACCUUAGAAAAAUGACUGUUGUGCACAUGGACCCUUCAAUGCAGCCCGGUCCAUUCCGAUCUGUGUUGCGGUACCUGUAUACAGGUAAACUAGACGAGAAGGAGAAGGAGCUAAUGCAGGUUGCCCACAUUGCAGAGCUGCUGGAAGUGUUUGACCUGCGUAUGAUGGUGGCUAACAUCCUGAACGACGAGGCCUUCAUGAAUCAGGAGAUCACCAAGGCAUUUUACGUGAGACGCACCAAUCGAGUGAAAGAAUGUUUGACCAAAGGGACCUUCUCUGAUGUGGUGUUCAGAUUGGAUGAUGGCACCAUUAUGGCCCAUAAACCACUGCUCAUCUCAAGCUGUGAUUGGAUGGCAGCCAUGUUUGGUGGACCAUUUGUGGAGAGCUGUACAAAAGAGGUGCCAUUUCCAAACACUACGCGGAGCUGCAUGCGUGCUGUGCUGGAGUAUCUCUAUACUGGCUGCUUCUGCUCUCGCUCAGAUCUGGAUGCCAUGGAACUCAUUGUACUUGCAAACCGUCUUUGUCUGCCUCACCUGGUAGCGCUGACAGAGCUGUACACUGUGAAGGUACUGACCGAAGCUGCCAUGAUAGGAGCUGAUAUAGAUGGAGAUGUUCUGCUCUAUCUGGACAUGGCCCAGUUCCACUGUGCUCAUCAGCUGACUGACUGGUGCCUCCAUCACAUCUGCACCAACUACAACAGAGUCUGUCGCAAAUUCCCUCGUGACAUGAAGGCCAAAUCUACAGGAAACCUGGAGCACUUUGAGAAACAUCGCUGGCCUCCAGUGUGGUAUCUGAAGGAAGAAGAUCACUAUCAGCGGGCGCGCAAGGAGCGUGAGAAGGAAGAUUACCUGUACCAAAAGCGUCAGUGUAAACGCAAGUGGCUCUUCUGGAAUCUACCCUCUUCUCCUUCCUCCAAUUCUCCGUCUUCUCCUGGUUCCUCUGCAGUCAUCUGAUUGGCUCUCAGGAUGCACGACCCACCAAACAACCCUAAAUGUGGGAUAUAAACACACAACAAGGAAUGAUAGCCUUUUUCAACUCUAUAAGAUUACCCGUUCACACUUUCUGUUAAGCAAAAUGCUCAAGCCCUGCUUUUAGCUGCUGAAGAACAAGCAAAAAUGAAACCGGAUGGAGAACAUAAAGGAAACACAAGGCUUUGACUAAAAGCACAUUGUUGAGUCUUUCUACUUUACUGGUUGGAUAUUUCAUCAAAUCACAUCAGCUUUGACGUCCUCCUGUGACAUCAUUUCCUGCGGUGGUAGACUGCUUGCUCAAUUUGCUUUAUUAAAGACAAUCUUCACUCAGCAUCGGUUCCCCAAACAUAACCAUAUCUUCAUCUGUAUAGAAAAAUACAUGGCAGGACUGCACAUAUUCAUAACUAGAAAUGUUAAUAAGUGCUUUUCAGCUCUAGAGGAAGAGAACACAGGGACGUUUUAGAGCAACCAGCAAACAUGAAUUCCUCAUUGUUUUGGUAUCUACAAUCAAACCAUUUUAACAGACCGACAUUCUCAACAUUCAAAUGGUGUCCAGAUGUCAACAUCUUUAUUAAUGUGGCAUUUAAAGGUUGGCGGUUGGUAGAGGGCCGCAUGUCGACAUGACUCCACAGAACUGGAUCAGUCCAUAGCCAUGUUGCAGGUUCAGUGUGAGUUAAGCUCCAUUGAUAACAUCUGACAUAAUGUUGAUUAACACAGUAAAUGAUAAUUGUUGGUACUUUAAGGUAUUUACAAUGGAAAUAGACAGGGCCAGGAAAUAAACAGGAAAAAAAUGCACACUGUACAGAAAAAGUACACGACUUAAAGUUGCAGUGAAGUAGCAACAGAUAUUUUCUUCUGUAUUGAGACACAUAUCUGAGUGAAAUGGAUU